CUUAAAUACGCAUGCAUUAACUUAUUUCCUCCGUUUCUUGUGUUCAUACAAAGGUCUAUUUACGUACCUUGUAUGCAUUAAAUAGACGUCAGUCUGAAAGUCACAAGUAUAAUCAAAGUUUGGAUAUAGGGAAAAAAUCUUCCAUAUUUAGACCACCCAGAUUCUUGAGUAAUAUGCAUCCAUCUUCACAGUUGUAUUUUGGAACAUUCUUGAUUGCUGCUGUUGUUUGUACACGUUUUGUAUGCCAAGUAGUAGGUGCUGAAUCCCAUGAGGAUUAUCCAACCAUCUAUGUCGACUCUUCUGGCCAGGGAAAUUACCAGACAAUCCAAGCAGCAAUCGAUGCAGUUCCUGCUGACAACAAGGAUUGGAUAUGCAUUCAUAUCAAAGCCGGAACUUAUAGAGAACAGGUCAGGAUCCCGAGCGAGAAGCCAUAUUUAUAUCUAAAGGGAGAAUCACAGAGAAGAACGGUCGUAAUUUGGGACGAACAUGACAGCAUUCAGAAAGCCACCUUUUCUUGUGAUGCUGAGAAUAUACUCGUCAAAAGCAUCACUUUCAUUAAUUCUUACAACUAUCCGCCGGAAAACAACACGAACCCAAGAAGAGUGGCGGUGGCAGCAAAGUUAUCCGGCGAUAAAAUGGCGUUUCACCGGUGCGGGUUCAGGGGAAGGCAGGAUACGCUGUGGGACGAGCGUGGGCGUCACUACUUCAAAGGAUGCUCCAUUAGUGGAGCUGUAGAUUUCAUUUUUGGUAACGGCCAAUCCAUCUAUGAGAGUUGUUCUAUAUCAGUGGAGAGAGGUGCUGAAGAAGGGAUGAUUGGGUACAUCACAGCACAGGGGAGGCAGGACCCUGGAGAAAGCAGUGGGUUUGUAUUUAAGAAAUGUACUGUUCAUGGAUCUGGUGAAGCUUACUUGGGAAGGCCAUGGAGAGACUAUGCUAGAGUCAUCUUUUUCCAAACUUACAUGGAUAACAUGGUUGUCCCUCAGGGAUGGACAACCAGUUCUGACACUUCAUCCAAUUUGGAUAAGUUGACAUUUGCAGAGCAGGAGUGUAGUGGACCAGGGGCAAAAAGGUCAGGGCGAGUCAAGUGGGUAGCAGAACUGAGCGAGGAUGACUUGGAAAAAUUUACAAGUCUCUCUUACAUUAAUGAAGAUGGCUGGCUUAGUGGCCUUCCCCAAAAUAAGCUGUUUGUUUAAAAUUACCAGUAUAUACCAUCAUAAUCCUCCAUGCAUGGCAGUACUAUAUAUAUCAUAUAAAUGGCAGUAACAUAAAAAAUUCAAGAUUUUAUACGACAGAAAAUUUCGUGCAAAAUUCUUUUCAAUAUAUAUUAUUAGGGAAAUUUGCAAUUUUCAUCCCGUAAUUUUCAGACGUUUUCAUUAUUGGUCAUGUAACUUUAGUUACUUGCAAAUUUGGUCCUGUAACUAAUUAAUAUUUGCAAUUUAAGGACUUUUCCCCGGAAAAGUACACUUUCCGCGAUAGUAUACCGGAAAAGAUGUCGCAUGCGUCGGAUUUUUCUGCCGGAAAGUGUACUUUUCGGUGGAAAAGUCCUUGAAUAGCAAAGAUUUAUUAGUUACAGGACCAAAUUUGCAAGUGGUUAAAGUUAUAGGAUUAAUAAUGAUAACAGCGCGCUAAAAGUUACAAGACUAAUAUUGCAAAUAUCCCUAUAUUAUUACCAUAUUUUCACAUGGUUUAUGUAUGUUUUUGGUCUCUGCACAUGGCAUUUCUAGUUUCACAACUUGUCAUGUAUGUAAAAUAUUUUCUUUUUAGUGCCACUAUAGUUCUGGGCAAUCUUUAUUAACGAAAAAAUUAUUAUCUGCUGCG